UCAAAUGUUUCUGUGAAAUAGGGAUUUUAGCACGGCGGCCAUAUUGGAUGCUAAACUGGGGAACGAAUUCAAUAGCAGGCUCUUUGGGAACUACAUUUCCCACAAUGCCCUGCUGCUGAGUGAGGUCACGUGGGUCGCAGACGCCGGUGUCAGCAGAGUUUGUUUGACAGCAGCGAACAGCGGAUUUAAAGUUUCGUGGUGAUUUUCCAGCUCCUCGCUGCUCCUGGACCGAACCUCAGUUUUGCUCUAAGUUAGGCGCUUUUCUGCGGCUCCGCUCCAGGCGGUAGUCGGCCAUGACUCCGCCGCCGCUGUCCGUUGGAGGAAGAGGAAGAGGAAGGAGCUGAUGAUGAGGAGGGUGAUGAUGACAUGCAGUUAGCUGGCUGCCCGGCUGGCAGGCGGACGGACCGGAGCGGGACCCGGGCGGAGAGGCUCCAGCAUGCCGCGGAGGAAGCAGUCCCACCCGCAGCCGCUCAAAGUCGGGUCCGACCCGAGCGGCUCUGUUCUGGAGAGCGACUUCCUGUUGAGCGGAGACGGAGGGGCUGGUUGGACGGUGGGAGGUUUCCAUGGCGACAGGAGCUCCUCUCUGGAGCCCGCAGCACCAGCAGCCUCCGCCGUGCCGACCCUGCUGUGCUGCAAGGCCUGCGGACUGAGCCUGGGUGUGGGUCUGGCUCUGGGGGCGGAGCUUUACUGUCUCACCUGUGAGCAGCGGAGCUCCGCCCCCCGAGCCGUCAGGGGGAGCGGCGCCCCAUGCAGGCUGUUCUCCUGCUCGCUGUGCGCCUUCACCUCGCGUUACUCCAACCACUUGAAGCGUCACAUGACCGUCCACGACGGCCGCAAGCCGCACCGCUGCCCCGUCUGCCCUUACGCCUCGGCGCAGCUCGUCAACCUGCAGCGCCACCUGCGCACCCACACAGGGGAGAAACCCUACGGCUGCGCCCAGUGCAGCUACGCCUGCAGCUCCUUGGGCAACCUGCGGAGGCACCAGCGCAUGCAUGCGCAGGCGGAGCAGAGGAAACCCAAGAGGAGGACGAAGGGCGGAGAAGAGCUGCCACUGGGGGCGUCGGAGGACCGCUCCUACCUGCAGCCAGCAGGGGGCGCUGGUGCUAGCUCUGUCUCUGGCUCCGCCCCCGUCCCGCUGUGCACCCUGACCCUGGAGGGGGGGCCAGAGGCCCAACCUGGACAGGUUCUCCCUGCUGGGGCCCGGCGGCGGCCCAGGGCGGCCCCCCGGCGCCCCUUGCCGCCCCGUCGCCCCGCCCCGGAGAAACCCCACGGCUGCCCGCACUGCGCCUACGCCUCCUCCCACCUGGACAACCUGCGGCGCCACCUGCGGGUUCACACGGGCGAGAAGCCGUUCCGCUGCGCGUCCUGCAGCUACGCCUGCGGCAACCUGGCCAACCUGCGGCGCCACCAGCGCAUCCACUCGGGCGCCAAGCCGUUCCGCUGCGCCGUCUGCGGCCAUCGCUGCAACCAGAGCAUGAACCUGAAGCGCCACAUGCUGCGCCACACGGGCCGCAAGCCGCACGCCUGCGCCCGCUGCGGCUACGCCACCGCCCACUGGGACAACUACAAGCGCCACCAGAGGAAGCACGCCGCCGGGGGCGUCCGGGGGCCCGGGUCCCCGGACGCCCCCGCGGGUCACCAUGUCACCUCAGACGGCCAGCUGCUGUUUUUCCCCAGAGAAGCCCUUACAGAUCCUGUCUGUUUCUCUGAUCGAGAUUCCCCUCGUGACGCCGGGGGUCCUACCCACUGGUUGCCCGAGUUCCCAGACUCACCUCCUCCGUCUGACUACAAGUUCCCCCCCGGAUUCCACGACUGGCAGUUGCACCGCUCCUUUGUCCGCGCCGAGUCCGAGCCUACCUGUCCGCCCUCCGACCCAAUCCUCUGUUUUCCUCCUGGACACCAGCCGUCAAGCACCGGACCACCUGGACCACUUAAGAGACUAAGACUCCGAACCUUCCAGUAAACUCUCCUAGACCUCGAACCACAAGUAAGCUCCGUUUACUUUGUUCUGUGACUUUCCCGUUUCCGACAACCCUGAACUCACCAUUCUGCUCUGCCUCUUUAGAGAGCCGAUCGCUCCGUGAACCCGUUUCCUCCUGGACCAGACCAGAGCUCCCACUACCUUCGCUUGCCGUGUUACAAUAAACCAAUUGUUACCGUAUAUACUUCUCCUGAAUUGUGUUCUGCAUGUGGGUCUGAAACCCAUCAUGACACCUGGAGGAAGAAAUGAUUUUUUAUUAACACUUUUUAGAUCUGCGACUUUUUUGAUUUGGAUCAAUUUGAAAGUCAUUAAAACCAAAUUAUUUUAAAAUCCUUUUUGAUUGACUUUUGAUUUCCUAGUGAUUAACCUUUGUGUGUUGAGGCUGGUUUCCAUGGAGACAGGCCUCCAUGUUGUGUUUCAGUGACAAGAAGAAGAAUUGAAUGCAAAACAAACUAAAACGAUAAAGUGAGUUUUCCAGCUUCAGUGGUUUGUUGUUUCUGUUUCUCUAAGAAAAUAACCUCAACUUCCUGUUUCUGCUGAGGAAACACCUGGCGGCCCGCCCAAACCCGCCCAAACCCGCCCGUCCUGGGAGGCGGCCAUGUUGGU